CAUUCUGUCUCUUAAAGGCAACUGUCCAGGUCUCUGUUCUGAUCCAUUACAUGUUGAUUCAGUUGAAUCUCAGAAAGUGAAGUUGCUUACAAGAUCUUAGUGCCCCCCCAAAAUACUACAAUUUGUGGUCAGAGGUGAGCCAUGCAAAGGCUUUGCAUAGUCCUCCCAAGUUGGAAUUCUGCCCAUUUUCUUGUUUCUGCUAGCUAAGCUAUGAAUGGAUAAAACAACAAGACACAUACAUACACAGUUCUCUCCUCGGGGGAGCUCAUAUGGUAUGUGUGUAACAGGGAGGAACAGAUUGCAGACAUGACAGUUUUGAGACGAUUUUGGCUGGGCAAGAAGUUCUAAUUGCUCUGUGAUCUCUUGGGGAGGUUGGCUAGAGCAGGACUGCAGGAAGCUGGUUGUGCCAGGACGAAUGUCAGGAGGGAGUAACAAAGGCCCCUCAAGGUCAAUUCCCCAGGGGCAAGAUAAAAAAUACUACGCUGUACUGUUUUGGUCUUUGAAAAGGAUGCCCACUACUCCUUAAGACGGAGGAGCACUAAAAAGGUGGCCCAGAACCCCUCUGUCCAGCAAGCCUCUGUGGACUGACCCUUACUUUUCAUGGUGUCCAUGAUGUGUCGCUGUUGGAACUUAGUCAGUUUGGAUUCCUUCAUCAUCACUGCAAGAGAAAGCACUUGAGUCAGGCCACCUGGGCUGCGGGCAGAAGCCUUCAUCUCUCACCACUGAAAUGCAAAAUUGUCACCUCCUCCCACCAUUCUGCACCCAAGCACUCCCUCGCUUACUCUCCUGCUUUGCUUUUUCCUGUAGCACUCGUCACCAUCUAAGCUCUAUAGACUUUGUUACCCUCCCACUAAAAUAUUUGCUCCAUGAGAGCAAAAAUUGUUGCUGUUUUUUUUUUUUCUUUUUUUUAAUGCUGUAUCCUCACCACCUAGAACACAGCACAUAGUGGGCUUUUUAAUGUUUUUCAUUGAAUGAAGGAAUGCAUAAAUGAAUGAAUGAGAAAGUAUUCAUUAAGCAUGUGUCAGGCACUGGAGCUACAACAGGGAGCCAAAACAGGAACAACCGUACCCUGAUGGAGUUCCCGGGCUAGAGGUGUAGGAUACUGAUCCAAUGAGACACGCUGAAUAUCUGACUACAGGUUAUGCUGAGUCCAAUGAAGAAAAGGUAUUUGGUAAGUUUUGAUGGCGACGACUUUGAUGAUGUGGAGGAGGACGAAGGACUGGAUGACUUGGAGAAUGCUGAGGAGGAGGGCCAGGAGAACGUUGAGAUCCUCCCCUCUGGAGAGCGACCGCAGGCCAACCAGAAGCGGAUCACCACACCAUAUAUGACCAAGUAUGAGCGAGCCCGCGUGCUGGGCACCCGAGCCCUCCAGAUCGCGAUGUGUGCCCCCGUGAUGGUGGAGCUGGAGGGGGAGACAGAUCCCCUGCUUAUCGCCAUGAAAGAGCUCAAACAGUCUGCCCCUCCUGCUGCAGAGCUGGGGUCUCCAGCCCUCAUGUGCAUGUGCCUUCUCCCCGCCACAGGGCCCGAAAGAUCCCCAUCAUCAUUCGGCGCUACCUGCCUGACGGGAGCUAUGAAGACUGGGGGGUAGACGAGCUCAUCAUCACGGACUGAGCUGGAGUCAUCUUCCCAGCUGCGCCUCACCCCAGCUCCUGUUCCCACAUCCUUUACACGUGUAAAUAAUAAACUCUCCAACCUUCCCA